AUCCUUAUCUCUCCUCGCUUUUGAGUCUCAAAACAUCCCGAUGGCCCAUUUCCUCAUUCAAAAGCUUCUUUAGCCUUUAGUAUCUACAGCUCUCCCACUUAAAAAACCACCCCCACCUCACCCCAUUACUUCCUUCCAAGGUCUUUCUUCUCUUCACUUCUUCUAAGAUGCCUUCCUCCCCACCCCAAAUGUCACCCAAAAUCAACUCUCCUCCUUACCACUUCCAACUCCCAGACGCCACCACCAGACAAAUGAAACCAGAGUUCGAGGCACCACCGAGAAAGAAUGGACUUUUGCGACCACGUCAACGAACCAAUCCUAUGAUAUGGUGUGCAGCUGUUCUCUGUGUCAUAUUUAGCCUUCUUCUCAUCUUUGCCGGGAUUGUCACCCUCAUUGUCUUCUUAGUGAUCAAACCAAGGAAUCCACUGUUCGACACCACCAGCGCAAGCCUUAACAGCAUCUACCUCGACUCACCGUCCUAUUUGAAUGGCGAUCUCACCUUCCUCGCCAACUUCUCCAAUCCAAAUCAUAAAAUUGAUGUCAUGUUCGAGUACUCAAGCAUCGAAUUGUACUUCUACGACAGGCUUCUCUCAGCACAAGCGUUGCAGCCUUUUGCUCAGAGGAGGGGAGAGUCGAGGCUCGAGUCGGUCCACAUGAUAUCAAGCGAAGUCUACUUGCCACCGGAGCUCAUCAUGGAGCUCCAAGAGCAGGUGAGGAGAAACAGGAUUGUGUACAAUAUUAGAGGAACUUUCAAGGUCAAGGUCAGUGUGGGCGUUGGCCAUUUGUCCUAUUGGCUCUAUGGGCGGUGCCAGAUCGAGCUCACCGCUCCUCCUAGUGGAGUUUUAGUGGCGAGAAGUUGCAGAACAAAGAAGUGAAGAUAUAUAGUUUCUUUCUUCAUUUCUUCUUCCUUUAGUCUGCUAUUGGGAGUGAUUGAUGUAUGCUGAAUAUGGGAGUUUUGAUAUAUGAGUUUCCAUACUCGUAAAUUCUUUUAGACUGCAUUCAUCGCACGGUUUUCAAACGCUAAAACCAAAUAAUCGCAAUACCUGAGACAUCAAUUAUAAUUUGUUCAUUGAUGAUUAAGUUCAAGAUUUGUACUUAUGAUUACUCCCUUGCAAAUUUGUCGAUAUUAUGUUCAAUUUUUGA